GAAAUAGAAUAACAGCCAUGAUAGAAGACAAAGGACCAAGAGUGACAGACUACUUUGUUGUGGCAGGUCUCACUGAUACAUCUACUCUUUUGGAUCAAGAAAUAAAUCGUUUGGAUGCUAAAUCAGCUGGGCCUAAAGCUCCAAUCACCGACAUUGCCAUUAUUAUCAGAUCUGCUGGGGAAGAGGUCCCUGAAGGUUAUACGUGUGUUGAAGCCACUCCAUCAGCUCUCCAAGCAAACUUGAAUUAUGGAAGUCUCAAAAGCCCAGAACUUUUCCUGUGUUAUAAGAGAGGAAGAGAUAAACCACCCCUUAUAGAUAUUGGUGUUUUGUACGAAGGGAAAGAAAGGCUUAUUCCCGGCUGUGAAGUAAUCCAAGCUACCCCCUACGGUCGCUGUGCCAAUGUCAACAAUAGUUCAGCUACUUCGCAGAGAAUCUUCAUCACAUACCGAAGGGCUGCUCCAGUUCGACCCCAGAAUGCCUUGGCUGUAACAGAUAUCUGUGUCAUUGUGACCAGCAAAGGAGAAACCCCUCCUCAUACCUUUUGUAAAGUUGACAAAAAUUUAAAUUGUGGGAUGUGGGGUUCCAGUGUGUUUUUGUGUUAUAAGAAGUCUGUGCCUGCUUCAAAUGCAAUAGCAUAUAAAGCUGGUUUAAUUUUCAGGUACCCAGAGGAAGAUUAUGAGUCUUUUCCACUCUCAGAAUCUGUCCCCCUCUUCUGCCUUCCUAUGGGAGCCAUGAUUGAAUGUUGGGAUCCUCAAACCAAAUACCCACUUCCAGUUUUUUCAACUUUUGUCCUGACAGGUUCUUCGGCUGAAAAGGUGUAUGGAGCUGCUGUCCAGUUCUAUGAGCCGUACUCUCGGGAGCUUCUCACAGAGAAGCAGCUCAUGCAGCUGGGCCUGCUGACGCCUGUAGAGAGGAGAAUGGUCUCUAAGUCUAUCAACUCGAACAAGUGCAUUUGCUUACUCUCACACUGGCCUUUUUUUGAAGCUUUUAGAAAAUUUCUUAUGUUUAUCUACAAACUUUCCGUGUCUGGACCACAUCCUCUUCCCAUUGAAAAGCACAUUUCAUAUUUCAUGCAAAACAUCCCUUUUCCUUCGCCACAAAGACCAAGGAUUCUCGUCCAGCUCUCAGUCCACGACUCGCUUGUACUGUCGCAGCCAGUUUCCACACCUUUACCACUAAGUGGAGCCAACUUUAGCACCUUACUGAUGAAUCUGGGUCCUGAGAAUUGUGCAACGUUGCUGCUUUUAGUUUUACUUGAGAAUAAAAUUCUCCUGCAUUCCCUUAGGCCAGCCGUGUUGACUGGGGUUGCUGAAGCUGUUGUGGCUAUGAUCUUUCCAUUUCAGUGGGAAUGCCCGUACAUUCCCCUGUGUCCUCUGUCGCUGGCUGCAGUGCUUAGUGCGCCUCUUCCAUUCAUUGUUGGAGUUGACUCGAGGUAUUUUGAUCUUCAUGACCCACCACAAGAUGUUGUUUGCAUUGACUUGGACACGAAUAUGUUAUAUAUAUCAGAUGAAAAGAAAAACAUGAACUGGAAGCAGCUUCCCAAAAAGCCAUGCAAGAAUCUCCUCAGCACCUUAAGGAAAUUAUAUCCCCAGCUAUCUUCAGUUCACCGAAAAACUCAAGAAGGUUCUGCAGUGGAGAUGACUCCAAUUGAUGCAGAUUUUUCCUGGCAGAAAAAGAUGAUGCAACUUGAGAUGGAGAUUCAGGAGGCAUUUUUGCGAUUUAUGGCAUCUAUUUUAAGAGGAUAUAGAGCCUAUCUCAGGCCUAUCACAGAGGCACCGUCAAAGAAAGCCACUGCGGUCGAUUCUUUGUUUGAUCGACAGGGAUUUUUAAAAAGUAGAGAUCGUGCCUAUACAAAAUUCUAUACACAUUUAUCCAAAACACAGAUUUUUAUUCGUUUUAUUGAAGAAUGCAGUUUUGUGAGUGAUAAAGAUACUGGAUUGGCAUUUUUUGAUGACUGCAUAGAGAAGUUGUUUCCUGAUAAAGGCACAGAGAAAACAGAUAAGGUUGAUAUUGAAUCAUUAGAAGAUACCAAGUUGAUAGAACUGGAUGAAUCCCAGAAGAGUGAGCACACUGUGUACAUAAUGUUCCCCGAGCCGCCACCUGAGGAUGGAGAGGACCCGGCCCCGAAGUACAGUUACAAAUACUUUCCAAGACUGGAUCUUAAACUUUUUGACAGACCACAGGAGUUGAAACUUUGUUUUAGUAGACACCCUACUGGGAGUAGCGUUACAAACAGUCCAGCUUUCAUGGCAAAAAGAACUAAACAGGAGAUAAAAACGGCUCAUAAAUUGGCAGAGAGGUGUUAUACAAAUCCACCACAGUGGGCAAAGUGUCUGUUCAGCCACUGUUACAGUUUAUGGUUCAUUUGUCUCCCAGCCUACGUUAGAGUUUCUCAUCCUAAGGCCAGAGCGCUUCAGCAGGCGUAUGAUACACUUAUUAAGAUGAGGAAAAUGGAUGUGGACCCACUAGAUGAGGUGUGCUAUCGAGUAGUAAUGCAGCUUUGUGGACUCUGGGGUUACCCUGUUUUAGCAGUGAGAGUCUUAUUUGAAAUGAAAACUGCUAAGAUAAAGCCAAAUGCUAUUACCUAUGGUUAUUAUAAUAAGGUAGUUUUGGAGAGCCCAUGGCCUACAAGCACACGCAGUGGUGUUUUCUUAUGGACAAAGGUACGGAACGUGCUACGUGGCUUGGCCCAGUUUAGGCAGCCACUUAAAAAGACCAUGCGAAAGUCACAGGUCGCUUCACUAUCAGCACCCCCACAGGCUUCAGGUGGAAGUGAUGGGGACACAGGGAGCCACGGCAGUGUGGACAGUGGGGAGCACACAGCCCUUGUGGGAGACCUCCUCAGGCUUGAUUCCAUUGGGAAUCACUCUAGCACAGGUGGCCAGUCUGACCAAGGCUAUGGGUCUAAGGAUGAACUUACAAAGGACGGAUUUCAUGUACCUGAAGAAGCAGCAGCACCAGAACUGAUAACUGAAGCAAAAGUGGGAAAAGAAGAGGUGUGUGAUGUCUUUGCUCUUAAAGUGAAACUUUCACAGCCCAGUCUGGAGUCUCAGAGUCCUUCUGACCCCCCCUCUUGGGGCAGCAGCAUUGUGAAAGUCCCAUCUAGUGUAUUUGAUGUCAGCAACAGGAAAAGUAGUACAGGGAAUACAUCAAAUGUGCUAUUUUCUACUCAAAAUCCAUUUGAAAAUACAGUCUUUGAUGAAGAUGCUCAUCUUAAGAAUAGUGACAAAGGAGAGAAAAGACAGAAGCAUUUUGCAGAGAGAAGUUGUAGUUUUAGUUUUGAAAGUCGAGCAGGCAUGUUACGUAAGAAGAGCAGUUUGGAUCUGAACUCCAGUGAGGCGGCUGUCAUGAUGGGGGCGGAUGCCAAGAUCCUCACCGCAGCCCUGACCUGCACCAAAGCUUCUCCACGCCGCACUGCAAGAAUGCAUAGCUGUGAGAACGUUGGCUGUCCUCUGACGGGCUCUAGGACCUGUGGGUCUGAAAGCACUUGGGACUCUGAGCACAGGGCCCCGGCUGCACUAGAGCUGCUUGAGGAGAGCCAGGAGCCCCUGGAGCCUGUGGCUGCUGACCAUGGGGCUGAGACUACUUUGACCCAGGCCACCUGUGGCAGCAAAGACGGCGGUAGCAGCAGUCAGUCCCAAACCUUGAAAACAGGACCUGAAGGUCGAAUGUGUAAGAGCAGCAGUCUGUGUGGUGUUGCUAAAGCUGUCGAGAGGGAGGAUGUGGAAACUGGACUAGAUCCUUUGUCUCUUUUAGCCACAGAAUGUAUAAAAGAGAAAACUCCUGAUGGUGAGGAGAAGUUGUUCUCCCCAGUUAUCACACGGAACUUGGCUGAUGAAAUUGAAAACUACAUGAACCUGCAGAGCCCACUGGGUAAUAAGUCUUCCAGUAUGGAGCUGCACGGAGAGGGAGGCAGGGACUCUGGAGGUAGCGCUGCAUUCGCCCACCCGUUAGAGAGGAGGUCAAGCCUGCCUUCAGAUCACGGCCCACCUGCACAAGAAGGUCCUGAUGGUGAGGACUGCUCCCCUGCUGUGUCCAAAUCUAAAACUUUCACUGCACGCUUCAAGCACCAAACUCCACAUCGAACUUACAAAGAUCGCUCACCUUCCUUAUCAGCGCUGAUGCGCUCUUCGCACGGCUCGCUGGGUUCUGUAGUGAAUUCUUUGUCAGGGCUGAAGCUGGAUAACAUCCUCUCAGGGCCCCGGAUAGAGGUCCUCAGAUCUAGUGUGAAACAGGCAGCGACCGCAGCCAGUAAAGUGUGGGGGGCCGUAGCGUCUGCCUACAGCUACUCAGAUGACGAGGAAGAGACGAGUAGAGAUUACAGCUUCCCUGCUGGCCUGGAAGACCAUAUGUUGGGGGAGAAUGUGUCUCCUAACACCAGUAUUUCCGGGUUGGCCUCCAGUGAGCUCACCCAGAGUAACACAAGCCUUGGCAGUAGCAGCAGCAGCGGAGACAUUGGAAAAGUGCAAUAUUCAGCAAGUGAAGUUCCACUUCCAAGAGGCACAAAGGGACAGGACUUUGAAAAAUCAGACCAUGGUUCUUCUCAAAAUACCAGCCUGUCUAGCAUCUAUCAGAAUUGUGCAAUGGAGGUUUUGAUGUCAAGUUGUUCAUUGUGUAGAUCAUGUGGUGCUCUAGUCUAUGAUGAAGAAAUUAUGGCUGGAUGGACAGCAAAUGACUCCAAUUUGAACACAACUUGUCCAUUCUGUAAAAGCAACUUCUUGCCUCUUCUCAAUGUAGAAUUUAAAGAUUUGAGAGGCUCUGCAAGCUUUUUCUUGAAGCCAAGUACCUCUGGGGACAGUUUGCAAAGUGCCAGCAUUCCACUGGCAGCUGAACCCUUGGAGCAUAAGCCUGUAUGCAGUUUGGAAGAGCCUGACUUGAUUAACUUUAUGGAAUUCCCAAAAUAUAAUGAGACUAUAACUGAAGAGGCAGGCUGCGCAGUUGAAUCGAGUGAUAAAAUAAAGAAAGCCAGUGGAGACGUCCCAACUGUGAAAAUGUCAUCAGCGCCUAGCAGCUUAUCAAAGCGGAAUGUCUCUUUGACUCGAAGCCACAGCGCUGGAGGUCCUUUGCAAAACAUUGACUUCUCCCAGCGACCGCGUCACGGCAUUUCCACAGUGAGCCUUCCAAGCAGCCUGCAGGAGGCCACGGACCCUUUAGGGAAGAGGCCCAGCCCCUCUCCUGUUUCCGUGCCUUAUUUGAGUCCUCUCGUGCUUCGUAAAGAACUCGAAUCAUUGCUAGAAAAUGAUGGCGACCAGGUGAUUCAUUCCUCCUUGUUCAUCGACCAACAUCCAAUCAUUUUCUGGAACCUUGUUUGGUAUUUCAGACGUUUGGACCUUCCUAGUAACUUGCCAGGACUGAUCCUUACAUCUAAACAUUGCAAUGAAGGUGUACAGCUUCCUCUGUCCUCUCUGUCCCAAGAUAGCAAACUUGUGUAUGUUCAGCUGUUAUGGGAUAAUAUCAACCUGCACCAGGAGCCAGGAGAACCGCUGUAUGUCUCCUGGAGAAAUUUUAAUUCUGAAAAGAAGUUGUGUCUUCUGUCUGAGGAACAGCAAGCAGCGAGUGAUGUAGUGGAAACCAUCAGGCAGAGCAUCCAGCACAACGACGUCCUCAAGCCUAUCACUGUGCUCUCCGAGCAAGUGAAGCCAGACGUGAAAAGACAAAGGAGUCUAUACAGAGAAAUCCUCUUCUUAUCACUAGUAUCUCUUGGAAGAGAAAAUAUUGACAUUGAGGCUUUUGACAAUGAAUAUGGACUUGCGUACAAUAGUCUGUCUCCACAGAUUCUUGAAAAGUUACGGAAAAUCGACGCCCCGCCAAGUAGCAGUGCGGAGUGGUGUAGGAAGUGUUUCGGAGCACCUGUCGUGUAGAUAAGGGUUGUCCCCAUUCUGGCACAGGGCAGGGGAGUUGAUCUGGAAACUGGGUUUUUUCAGCCAUGAGAAUUGGUGGAAACGGAAAUGAAGUACGCUUGGGGACAACAUACAGUGAAUUAAUUCAUGCUGAAUCAUCUCCAAGGUGUACAACACUGUGGAAAUACUCAAGCUUGUCCUCAACAUUGAAGACUCAACUCCUAAACUACUGCUCUGCCUCUUGAAAACCGCUUUUGGGUUUCACAGUCUGUAGGAGGCUGGGAGGAUAAAGAGGCCGUGUUAGUGCGCAGCAUUCAUUUGUCUGCGAGGCUGCUGGCUUCCGGGAUGGCAGAGAAAGCUCUGCCCCAGCAACUGGGGCAUCUCAGCUACGAGAGCGACUAUUUUGUGAGAGGCUAUGUCACUGUGGGGCUUUGUAGGUGUGUGUUGUGUAUAUUUAUUAAAAUCCUAGACCGCGUGUUCCAACAGUUUUGUGGUAGGGCUCUUACUACCUAUCAGUGACUACUGAAGUCAUAGUAAGCUUACAAUUACCAGUCAUUAUACCUGCCUUCCCUCCAAAUUUAAUAUAUAUCUUCAGCUUUUAUAUGUAUUAUUUUGCAUUGAGUUAUCUUGAGUAUCUAGGUACUUCUUGCCAUCCUUUUCCACUACGUUAAUUUGCAAUGUUUAAAAUUGGAGUCACAUAGCUAAAAUGAAAUAAAACUUCAUAAUUUACACUUUAUUUGUAAGUUAUGUUUAAAGUGCUAUUAUGUAUAUUGUCUUUAGUCCUCAAAUCUUUGUUCAGGCAUGUAAAUUGUUGCAGUUGGUCACUUAAAAAUCUGUGGGGUAGCUGGGCAUGGUAGCACACACCUGUAAUCCCAUCACUAGGGAGGCUGAGGCAGGAGGAUCAUCGCCUUGAGUUUGAGGCCAGCCUGAACUGCAACAGUCUGACCCUAUCUAAAAGAUAACAAAACCCUGUGGGUUAAACUUGCACUGCAUACAGAAGUUUUACUCAUGUAUAUUUAACUAGUAUGUUAAGUAAAAAUGUGUAUUUG